UACUACUGCCAGUGCUGGGACUACUAAAGAGAGUGCGAAACAAGUUAAAUGUCAGACAAGAUUGGACUUCCGAAGUGGUCGAACGUCAGUCCUCGAGAUUUACUCAUGCUCACGCACCUGGGCGAGCGGUCCACUGAUGACAAGUUGAGCAAGUUGUACAAGUGAAAAGCAGCGUUAAGUUGGUAUGCCAGUUGAAGAACUGUGAAGUUGUCGGGUUACCUUUUGUAUGGAUGUUGCAUGGUCCGCCUGCAUUGUGCUUAAUUAUUGCUCUUUGCAAUCCUCGAAGGAUAAAGUUAGGAUCUAGUUAAUGAAUCGCCGAAGCUCGCGGUAGCGGAGUCUAGAGAAGACAGAAGUCAAAAGGAUGAAGUCCUUUUUGAUUACCCUAUCCUGUCUAUUUGCCGCUAUCGAAGGUGGAUACUCAGUGUCGAUUCACGGGACCUUCCAGUGCGCUUGCAACACGGAUCAUUGUCGCAACGAGAGUCGUACAACAUGUGAAGAUGCCAUGUGCUACACUCAGUACCUAAAGAAACGAGAUGGAUCCAAUCCGAUAACGAAGGGCUGCUUGCCAACGAAGACAUCUUUGCUCUGCGAAAAUCGUCGGCCAAGGACUGCAGCUAACUGGCCAAUCCUCGUAUGCUGUGAGAAGUAUAUGUGCAAUAAUGAGCUGCCUCCACAAUUGGCGCAAGUCAUGGGCGGCGUCUACGGGUACACGAACACAGGCAAUGGCACUGCCACUGCAGGACCAGCAAUCUCCAGUGAUCUUCCUUCGAACUCUCUCCCGCGCAAUUUCAGCGAUAGCAGCAACAACAGCAGCAACGCAAACGCAAACAACAACGGCGGCGUAAUCGAAAACCCUCGGGACGAGGAGGCCGAGAUCGAUUUCAACCGGUCGAACAGCGCCAGCCGGGAUCUCACAGCAAUUGACCAUCAGGCCGACACAAAUCCACUUAUGGACAGUGACAAAAUCUUCAACAAUCCGCGUUUCAUGGACUCGAUCAAAAAGAAGACGACGACUAUAAAAGGCGCUGCCGAUGAUGCCAAUGGGUUGAGCACAGUUCCUGCCGACGGCGGUGCUACGGGACUCACAGCAUUCCACGUAGCUGUACUGUUUACGGCUCUCGCCUGUCUUUUUCUGCUUUUUCUUUUUGGUUUCACUAUACUGCGGCGCCAAGCGCGAUUCUUCAACGGUACACCGUACCUCGUUGGGCAGUCUGUCUACUCGAAGGAACAAACAACACUGACCCGACAUGAUCACAACUGCGCCCCCACACGGUUGCCAUUGCCGUCGCAUCACAGCUUUGUGGGCGUCGGCGUCUCGCCGAUGCACCCACAUCAGGGGGCGACGAUGCUAAAGAAUCAUAGCUCUACAAGCCGGACCAAUGGUAAACAUUUAGAGCAACACCAUCACCAACGACAGCAGUAUCAGUCGGUGACGACUGCAAACGCAGCGUCAUACGACAAUAAGAUCCACCCAUAGAAAAACUAACGUGCAGGUUCUACCGUAAAACAGCAAGGUGACAAGAUAUUGCCAAACGAAGCGAGCGGAAAGUUAAGAAAAAAACUGGGUUAACUAUCGAAAAAAAAGCGCAUGAUGCUUAUCGAAGAGCUGCAGGGGUUUCCUGCUGACUUAUAGCUAAACCAUAUAGUGUAAUGAUUUGUCUAAAUAUUAUUUUAGCACAACGACUUACAUUCUGAUCGCCUUCGAUAGAUCACGCAAAGCAUCAAGUAUACACUUAUCUUACUAUACGUAUAUAUGUUCAAUGCUUGUUUUUUAUGAAUCCUUUCCUACAUAUCGCCUAUCUUUUGUCUAUCUAAAGAUUCCGUAAGUUCUUUUAGAUGAAGCCGCUUAGAAAAAGAGCCGAUGCUUGAAGUAGAAACGUGGUGCUAUAUGUUAAUAGAAUCUCGCAGAUGCUUUGAAAAUAUAAAUUGUUAGUGCUCACUAUCAAUUGGAAAACGCUAAUAGGACCUAUGAAAGUGAUGUUUAGUUUGAGAAAAAGCGUACACUUUUUCCAUGUAAAAUGUCUUCGCCGUGUUUCACUCACGGAGGCACAUUUGGGACAUCAGGCUUUGCUACAUGCAGGUACGAUUUUGUCUUGUCGCAUGUAGAGUUAGUACGUUUGGAAAGCGCGCCAUAAGACACCGAAGCUCUGCUAGUUUUCCAAUUAUUGAUGUGAUCUACUAAAAAAAAUCUGGAAAAUUGCGAUAAAAAAUCAACAUUUUUACCUAAAUCAUAAACCGUAAGGCUAUGUUGUAUCUCAAGGGCUAGAGAACAUCCUUAUCGCGGUCAGCCCUUGAUGAUAGCCAUACAGCUUCGUAGCGUCAUCGUGCAAACAGUAUUCAUUAUGCCAGUAUUGUAACCUAGACGUGUUUCGAAGCGUCAUUGGUUUACGUGGACAGAUUUACGUUGUUUCGUAUACUUCCCCAAUUGUCAUUUCAGUACGAUCACCGCUCUGGGCACGUUGAUGUGUCCAUUGGAUAACCGAUCUGCCGGACUUUGCCAAAACGGCAAGAAAAAAAUCUAGCUGGAAACAACCAUAUAAUCGUCACUGAGUUGUAUAUAGACAUGUACAUAAUGAAUACAAAACUAACUAUACGUAAAUUGUAAAUAUCGUUCUAGAACAUGAGUAUUUCUGAUGGAAUGUCUAACAGUGGUGCCGGCCGUAAAGGACGUAAAUUAAACGUUAUAUGAUAAUACCUUCAAUGAUAGACAUGAGCAGUAAUUAUGAUAUGUAAAUGUAUAUAUGUAAAUAUUAUGACAGCGGAAACGUUUAAAAAAGCAGAAGAUGGUAAAAAAAAAA